AUGGCUGAUCUGGACAAUAACGACACCAAUUUCCCAUCUCAAACCGCAGGAACCAAGGGAAAAGCUGACGAGAUGGAGUCUGAUGGUCAUGAACAAGAACACCGUAGCGCCAAACUAGUCGAAAUCAUCCCCAACGGAGACAUUCUCUUCCAAGUCGGAUGCGGCAAUGAUGCCCUGGGCAUCAAGGUUUCUGGAUUGGUCGUCAGCCUUGCCUCGGAGGUGUUUGCUCGCAUAGAUAUUCCACCACAAAGAGCUGAAAUGCGGCUAUGCAUUCCAGCAUUGAAGCCGUGGACUGUGACGAAUAUCUCGAGCGCCAUUGAGGAAAUUGACGGAUAA